GCCCUAGUCCUCUAGUCCCUAAACUCCCAGUCCCCUGUGCCCCUUCCUGGGAUACCAUGUUGUUCCUCGCCUUCCUGCUAGAGGUGAUUUGGAUCCUGGCUGCAGAUGGGGGUCAACACUGGACAUACGAGGGCCCACAUGGUCAGGACCACUGGCCAGCCUCUUACCCUGAGUGUGGGAGCAAUGCCCAGUCCCCCAUUGACAUCCAGACAGACAGUGUGACAUUUGACCCUGAGUUGCCUGCUCUCCAGCCCCAUGGAUAUGACCAGCCUGGCACGGAGCCUUUGGACCUGCACAAUAAUGGUCAUACAGUGCAACUCUCUCUGCCCCCUACCCUGUAUCUGGGCGGACUUCCUCGAAAAUAUGUAGCUGCCCAGCUCCACCUGCAUUGGGGUCAGAAAGGAUCCCCAGGGGGGUCAGAACACCAGAUCAACAGUGAAGCCACAGCUGCCGAGCUCCACAUCGUACAUUAUGACUCUGAUUCCUAUGACAGCUUGAGUGAGGCUGCUCAGAGGCCUCAGGGCCUGGCUGUCCUGGGCAUCCUAAUUGAGGUGGGUGAGACUAAGAAUAUAGCUUACGAACACAUUCUGAGUCACUUGCAUGAAAUCAGGCAUAAAGAUCAGAAGACCUCAGUGUCUCCCUUCAACGUGAGGGAGCUGCUCCCCACAGAGCUUGGGCAGUUCUUCCGUUACAAUGGCUCGCUCACAACUCCCCCCUGCUACCAAAGUGUGCUCUGGACAGUCUUCAGUCGAAGGGCCCAGAUUUCAAUGGGGCAGCUGGAAAAGCUCCAGGAGACAUUGUUCUCCACAGAAGAGCCCUCCAAGCUCCUGGUACAGAACUACCGAGCCCCUCAGCCUCUCAAUCAGCGCACGGUCUUUGCUUCUUUCAUCCAAGUGGGAUCCUUGUAUACCACAGGUGAAAUGCUGAGUCUAGGAGUGGGAAUCUUGGUUGGCUGCCUCUGCCUUCUGCUGGCUGCUUAUUUCAUCGCUAGAAAGAUUCGGAAGAAGAGGCUGGAAAACCGGAAGAGUGUGGUCUUCACCUCAGCACAAGCCACCACUGAGGCAUAGACUACCUCUCAAGAUACCGUGGAGAUGGAUGCUUUCCCCUCGCCUAUCAGGGAGCCAGAAAAUACUUAGUAGGCAGACACCCCUCCUUCCUCUGGACAUCCCUGACAGAGAGGUAUGAACCCAGACUCUCAUUCAAGGAAGAACAGCAGAGCCGUCAGCCUCUCAAACCAUGAAUGAGAGCAGGAGACCCUGUGCUGGUAAUGCAGAGAACAAACUGUGUUUAGUUGUAGGGGAAGUUUGGGAUGUGCCCCAAAGCCCCCCACCACCACCUUUAUACCUCUUUCCCUAGAAAUAUUGCAGGAUCUCCCCUUAGGAAAAAGGAUUGCUGUUAGGGUUAUAUUUUUUUUGCUCAAUAUAUUUGGAAAUCAAA